GUGUUAUAGACUUCACGCAAAACGGCUUGACUAACGGUAAGCAGUGAAAAGCGAUGGGACAAACAAACACUGACACAGUUAGAUGAUGUUGAAAUUAUAAAACUAAGGGGACAAAAGAUUUUCUGUAUCAAGAUUAUGAUCCUGUUGCGCCUUUACUGGUAAAUAGGUCAGAAGUACCAGAAUCAGUCUCUCAGCAAGCAGAACUUCAUACCAUUUCUCGUAUAAAUGACCCACAGACUUCAACAAGAAGGUUAGACCUUCUCAUCAUGGGUAUAGACAGUAAUCACGUUGGUCCAAAUGUUAAUAGCAUUACUACAGACAUGGCAGACCCUAUCCAAUUGACUUCAAAAACUCUUCUUAGCCCUAAGAAGAAAUCUAUGGCGUUAUCUCGGCUAAAAAAGAACCAGCUUAUCUCCAAGUCAGAACGUCAACUAAAAACCUAUAGUGUACCUCAGUUUGAAGCACAUAGUAGUGAAGAUGUGCGACAAGGAGAAUUCAGUCAACACCGACCUUGGUCACAAAUGUACUGUGAUGAUGAAACUCAGGAAGUAUUAGAUAACUCUUUUCGAGUUUCUUGUGAUACGACAAGUGAUAAGAAGUUGUGGUAUAACUACAGUGAUGGUUUUCAACAACCAAGUGUAUCAGGUGGUGAAAAGAGUGCAUCUUCAACAUUUAGCCAUCAUUCAUCAAAUCGAACAUCUAGUCCACGAUCACUGGGAAGUGAUAGUGUUCUCCAGAAGUUCAGAAAAACAUUUUCUUUACGCUUUCAGAAGAAUAAAAAAGAUGCUUCUGUCUCUGGAAUACCUUCUACAAAUGUUGAACAGAAUGAUAGCUCAGAUGAUUCCCUUUCAAGAAUGACUUUGUCAGGGGAAAGUGACCGAGGUUCUCUAUCUCAGGAAGGUAUAACAGACUUCCGUGAUAAUCCUGAACAUUCUAAAAAAUCUCCCCAAAAGACAAGUGAAAUAAAUAAGUGCAGAAAAGAUGAUGAAGUAACAGUCAGUUCUCGCAUUGGAUCUAUGGUAUUAAGACCUUCCAAAGAAAGAAAGAAAUCAACAGAAAGACAAAACCGGCAUAGCCUCAAGUUAUCUAAUGUUUCCACUUUUGGUUCUCCAAAACACUCAAAAGUUUCAUUGAGUCAGGCUGAAAUGAAAACAUUUAAAUCCAUAAAUCCUCAACAUAGAUGGUCAGUAGAUGUUAGUCAUGAUGGAUUUCAUCCUCCUCCUUCAAGCACAAAUAUUGGAAAACAACACUCUAAUCCACAUUCAUUUAAGACCCGACCAGUUAAGUCUAGACCGCAGGUUCAGUGCCAUAACCCUACAUUGCACAUGCGAAGGUCCUUCAGCCAACCACUAGACAUUCAAAGGGUAGCUGGAGUGAAAAGAAGUCAGGAAAUAUCUCGAGGUCUGUCUGACCGUGAUGGGUCUUAUGAUGGUAGCACAGCUUCUUCAGAUGAAGUUGGUUCAGACAGUGAAGUACUUCGUUCCUUACCUGUGUCAAAAACAGAAAACUGUAUUAAAUUGUUCCAUCAAAGUAGCAUCACAUUUGCUGAAGCUUUGUGGGAUCAUGUCACUGUGGAUCCUGAGGAACUUAGUUUUAAGGCUGGUGAAGUGAUUGAAGUUUCAGACUCUUCAGAUGAGGAUUGGUGGUGGGGUUCUAUAAAUAAUCAAAGUGGCUGGUUUCCAGCCACUUUUGUAAGGCUUCGAGUAAAUCAAGAGGACACCUUAGAAGAUUGUGUUGAAAAAUUAGCAACUGGAGAUUUAACUGGAGAUUCCAGAGGCAGGAUGAACAUUAGUCUACUGACUAAGGAACAAGUGCGUGCUAACAUAGUUCAAGAAAUUAUUAGUACAGAAAAAGAUUUUGUUAAACAUCUUGAAGAUGUUGUUCAGGGUUACUUAAGACAGGUUCGAAGGAGACCAGAUAUGUUUUCACCAGAGAGGAUAACAACAAUCUUUGGUAACAUUGAAGAAAUUUACAAGUUUCAAAAAGAGUUCUUAAGAAGGCUUGAAGCUUGCAUUGAUCACAAUAGACCACAUUUAAGUUUGGUGGGAAAUUGUUUUUUGCAUCAUGCUUGCCGACUUCUACAGCAAAUGAUAGACAUUUCCAUGGAUGGCUUCUUACUAACACCUGUUCAGCGUAUCUGUAAGUAUCCACUUCAGCUGGCCGAACUGCUCAAAUACACAGACAUCGAUCAUCCAGACUACAUUCCAGUCACAAGUGCCUUGUCUGCUAUGAAAGAAGUAGCCCAGCUAGUGAAUGAACGAAAACGUCGAAUGGAGUGUUUGGAGCGUCUAGUGGAGUGGCAGCAGACUAUUGAUGGAUGGGAGGGUCCAGAUGUAUUAGACUUUUGCUCUGUCCUCAUUCACUCGGGUGAUGUUGUAAGGGCAUUUUCUGGAUGGUCCCGAGAAUACACACUGUUUCUUUUUGAUCAUCUUUUAGUCUACUGUAAAAAGGACCUUUUAAAGAGACAGAACUAUAUAUAUAAAGGAAGGAUACAUCUAAGUUCAUGCUGUAUAUUUAAUGUUGAGGAUGGCAAAGAUGUUCAGUUUGGAAUAACAGUAAAAAAUGCAUGGAAAAUCUUCUGUGCUUCACGAGGCAAGUGGUUCAUGUUCUAUACUAAAACACCAGAGGAAAAAACAAGAUGGUUGGAAGCAUUUGGGGAAGAAAGACAAAGAGUUAUGGAAGAUGAAACACAGGGUUUUACUGUUACAGAACGAGCUAAGAAAGCUGCCAGAUUAGCUUUUUUAAACAAACAGAAAGCUAAAAGACCUAAAGUUAAACAAAUGAAAGGACCUAAUCCACACCCAGGUACAGUUAUGACAGAAAUGUUAUCAGAUGCUCCAAUGACUUUUAAGUCUCGAACAAGUAGUUUGCCAUCCAAUUUUCAACCUAACAUGAUGGUCAUGAUGGGUUCAAGACUUAGUUCACCUAAAAAGAAAGGAUCUGGAUGGUUCCACUUUGGAAGUGGCAAGAAGACCAAAAAGUGAGAAGAAAGAAAUGUCAUCUUUCAAGCAACUCUUUAGGUUCUUGUUGUUCAAGCUGUUCUUAAGAAGUUUCCCUCUAAUGCUACACCAUAUCUUUGACUUGUGUCAACAUUUUCAAUCUGUGUUCAAGAGAAAAGAGUGAACCAUGAGUUAUACCAAGCUUGUAUAUGGGUCUGUAUAUUAUUUCAGAUUCUCAGCAUAAAGCUUUCCUCUGCAUCAUGUUCUUAACCCAUGCCAACUUGUUCAGUCUAAGCUUAAGAGGAAGGAAUGGACCAUAAACUUUGGUAGAUUUCUUAAAAUUCAGAUUCUUAAAAAAUGCUUCACUCUAGUACCACUCAACAUGGCAUUCUUCACACCUCCCAAGCCUGUUAAGUUGGUGUUCUCAGCAGUCUUUUUUUAUUAUUAUAAAAUAAUAAUUUGGAAGCUCUGUUUUUUUGUGUUAUGUGUAAUGAUUCCGUGUGCAUACAAAAUAGUUAAGGUUCUUAGUAAAUUAAAACAUGACAUUCUUAUACUAUUUAUGUUUUCAAGCUUGAUUAGCUAAUGCUUCAAGCAAUUGCCUUGAGAAAAAGAAUGAGCAAAGCAUGACUUUUUGUAGAUCUCAAAAAUGUAUACAUAGCCAUGUAUGAUAGUGUAGGUUUUUGGUAAAAGGUUUUGCUCUAAUGCUUUUCAGUUUGACAUUCUUACACGUGCCAAGCCAACUCAGACAAUGCUCCUGCAAGAAAUCUUUGAGUUUUGGUACCAACCAAAUUUUUGUGUAUUGUAUUAUUACUUGACGCUUUGUCAAAAACUUUACAUUCUUACCACAUGAUGUGACAUGCUUUGUGUGCCAAGCUCACAGUCAGUGCUCCAUCAAUCUUCUUGAGAAGUAAAACAUAAACUUUGGUAAAUUACAAAGUUUGUGUAUGGUGUAAAAUAUUCUACAUGACAAGUAUUUCAGCUUUGAAUGAAAGAAAAUAAAAAAUAAGUUCAUUAAUUAUUUAUAUAGUAGAAAGUAUUGUUUGUACAUAUUAUGAGAAGUCUCUUGCUGUGAUAGGUCUGAUUAAUGAAAAAUUGUUGACUUUAUGUGUGUGUAUUAUAUAUAUAUAUAUAUAUAUAGAUUCAUUAAAAUCUUAAGGAAUGAGCUCUGACCAGUACAGGGUCAGUCAAGUAAUACAUACAUAUGUAUAUAUCCAAAAUAUGAAAUAUAUAUGUAUAUGUGGGUGUGAUCUUCUCAAGUGUAUUUAAUAUAUAAAAAUUCAAAGCACCACCAGCUUCAAAAUAUUACUGGUUGUUAUUUAUAUUCUGGAUUGUUUGGUAGUGCUUUUGCAGUUUGAACAUUGCUCUUCAGCCAACCUAUUUAAAGAAAAAUACAUAAUACAAAGUAUAUAUAUAUAUAUGCUUACACAAGCAUCCCAGUAAAAAUAUUCUAAAGAAAUCAUUAUUAAGAAUACAACUAUAAAUUAUUUUUGUGGACAUUAUUCAGAAUUUUUGCAUUCCAAAUUUACUAAGGAAUUUUUAACUGAACUUGUAAAAUUAGUACUGAAAAAGGAUUAUUUUAUUUGUAAUAAUGAUUUCAACCACCAGAUAAAAGGAACCACCAAGGGUACAAAAAAUGGCACCUAUCUAUGCUUUUUUAGUAAUGGGUUUCUUACAAGAGAUGUAUACCAUUUUUGAUCAAAGAGUGAAUUAACACAGAUGUUAGCUCUUAUGUCAUAUUAUAUUGGCUGAAAUACAUUGGUGAUUGUUUUAUUAUUUGGAAUGAAGAUUUAAAGUGCUUUAAUUUUAGCCAAGUUUUAAAUGAUUUAGAUUGAAACAAUAAAUUUACUAUUGAAAAGGCUUAUACAAUUAUACAUUUCUUGGAUAUAUUGAUUUACAUAUCUGACAUUAGCUCUUUAGAAACUGAUAUAUUUUUAUAAACUGACCAAUUCCCUUGUUUAUUUAGAUUUUAGUAGUAACCAUCCAAGAUACAUCAAAAGAAAUAUCCCAUAUACAUUAGAAAAGAGAAUUAUACAGAUCCUGAACAAUAAAGAAAAAAAGAAGUAUCAGAUUAAAUGAAAUAAAAACGAUUUUAUUAAAUAGAAAUUAUCAAAAAGAUCUAAUUGGCAAAGAAUUAUUUUGCACCAAAUUAUAUGGUGCAAAAGCUAGUAAUCAGUCAGAAGUGUUACCAGUCAUUACUAUGUACAUAUAUUGCAUAAUUACAAGUUAAGAUCGAUUGCCUCCUGUACAUCUAAUACUGUCAGAAGAGCACUAAUUGAUGUUAUUGUAGCUUAUAGACAGCAUAAAAACUUGAACUGUUUACUUUGUUGUAAACACUAUAUUGAAAAUAGACAAGAAGGUAUUAUUCAGUGUAAAAACUUAAGAUACCCACUCUGUAGUCUGUAUUAUAUUACCAAUAUCAUUAAAAGCCCAGAUGGAACUAUUACAUUUAAAAUGAAAAGAUCUUUCUCUUGUAGUUCUAAAAACUGUACUUGUGUUGAAAGUUAUGUUGUACCAAACAGAAAAUUUAAGAUUUAAAAUGAAUCAACAUAAGGUUUAUGUUAGAAAUCCAAGUCACAGCCAAUUAAAUUGCUCAGAACAUUUUUACAAUACAUCUUAAGUACUCAUGACCUUUGUUUUUCCAUUUUGAUUUUGUGAAAGUUAGUUUAUAAAAAAAGUUUGGUAUUACUGCGUACCUUGUUUAACUAACUUAUAGAUUUCUUAUGUUUUUGAAUUGGAUUGUGUUAUUUAUAAGUUUUAAUUGUUUAUGGAUUUUAUAUAAUAUUAAUAUUGAUUUUUUUAGAA